GGAAGUCUGGUCUCUUUGUAUCAGUGUAACACAAACUUAACAGCGCUGUGACAGUCCAUGUCGGUUGAAUGGCAGCUUUUGUUGUUGAGUAGUUUGUGUUGAUAUUUAGCUGAAACAGCAGCAGUGUGAAUCGUGAAUGAGCUGUUUUACCGGAAGGUGACCGAGAUGUUUUGGAGUUCAGCAGGUCAGCGGGGACGUGUCGCACUUAUGCGCUGCUGGUCCCUCACAGUCAGCCCCGGGACCCUCAUAACCCCCAAGUGCCCUGUGCACACUUCACGGUCCUUCUCCAUCUCUGGCCCGGCGAAGUCUCCUACACACGAAGAGGUAAACCAGCCACUGAAGCAGUGGGCUCUGGUAGUGAGCCCCUUCAGCACGGUGAGGGCACAGCUGGCCUGCAGCAUCUCCAUCCGCCCGCUGGACCCGCACGCCUUCCCGGAGGCUGACCGAGCCUUCAUCACAGUGCACGGAACAGACGCCGAGCAGGAGGUCGGUCUGGAUCACUUACACGUCCGCUACGAUGAUCAGAGCAAAGAGCUGCUCAUCUCCGCCGAGAAGGUGAACAGCAGCGUCUCGAUUGAUCUGGCUGCACCUAUCAAAAGCAAUCUCUUCAUUACUACUCAAGGAAAAGGCAACGUGAAAGUGAAUAAAAUGGAGUGUGACAUCUGCAAGGUGCAAACAGAGAGAGGCAACUGUUUGCUGCACUCUGUCAAGGGUCAUCAGGUCGAGGUGCAGUCCAAUGGAGGACAUGUCACAGGUGUGGGCACUAUCCACGGCAACGUGGACAUACGCACAUGUGGAGACAGUACAGUGGAUGUCAAGAAGCUCCAAGGCACCAAGAUGAAUGUUUCAACAGAACACGGCCCUCUCAAGGUCAAAGCCAUCUAUGCUGAGUCCAGCUGCAUCUCCUCCUGCGUUGGGAGGGUACAACUGGGGCACAUACAUGGUUGUGCCACUGUGAAGAACGUGUCUGGAGAUACAGUUAUAGAUGGUUCAAAUAGUUUCCUGAAGGUUUCCUCUCACAGCGGAGGUAUUGAUGUCUAUGUGGGAGAUGGUGGCAGUGCUGAACUCCACAGUCAGGAGGGAGCGGUGUGUGUGCGUGUCCCAUCCACAUUAAGAGCAGGGGUGGAGCUGUGCGGAACGUCAGUGGAGAUCAGCCCAGAGGUUGUUCUGCACCAAGUAGAAAACAACACAACUCAAGGACAAACCACAGUUACUGGUUAUAUGAAUGGAGCGUCUCCAGUGGGCGAGUGGGUUAAAGCUCGGGCAGAAAGAGGCUCUGUCAGACUGAGGACACAAAGCUGGUUUGAGUCGUUGAAGCUGGGGACCUGAGUUAUGACUGACAGGAUUUCUAUACAUAAGGCUGCAUCACUGCACUGGGGCAGAGCCAGAUAUUUGCUUGCAGCUCUUCAACACUGAAUGUACCUUUACCUCACUGAAGGAUUUAACACUCUGCUCAGGAUGUACUGUACCUUCAAUGAGGACAUUAUGUAUCAUCCGUAGUACUUGACGAAUAUUCUGUAUUUGUUAAAAUCACUGUACAUAUACUGAGUAUGGGAAGCAUAGUGUGUAACUUGCAACUGGUUUUGUGCUGAACUGUCAAAUUAUUCUGAAAGCUAGUUAGAAACUAUUAGCUUGUGCAUACUUUUGAAAGUUAACUUUUGGCUGCCAGUGAUUGUAUGUCUUCUGCAUGGUAUGUUAAUACUAUAAAAAUGAAUUAGAAAUCUUAGACUUUGACAGAUAGCAUGGAAUAUCUAAGACACUUCACCUCUUUAACUCUUGCACUGAAUUCUAAUUAAUGAAAGCUAAUAAGUAUUACAUUUUAAUCUUAACACUGAAUAUUUAAAACACAUUUCCCACAAUCCUCUUUGCACAUUCAAGAAGAGCCUUAUAUUGGUGCCCCAAAUGAGCUGAUAAACAGCACAGGAUCUGUACUUGCUUCAAAUAAUGAGCUUCAUCUCACUGAUCGUAUUAACAAUUUAGGUCCGUCAUAAAACAAAUCCACACACUCUUAGAACCUCCUAUAAAAGUUAGGGUAUAGUAGAAAUAAAAAACAAGUGUAAAGUAAUUAGUGUUAAAUAUGUAAACAAAAGAUAUAUCAAGAUUGUAAAAUAUAAGAAUAAAUCUUCAUAAUUUAAUUAGCAUAAAUAAAUAAAAGAGUUUUAAACGAAAAGGAACUACAGCGAGAACACAGACAGUGCAUAGCCAAACCAUCACAAAAUUUCAAAAACAAUUAUGAUCAGCUUGAAAAAGUUCUGAAAUCAGGCUGUUGAACUGGUUGAGCUACAAAAAGGAGCCCAAAUUUAAAUAUCUUUGUAGUUGGUUCUCUGUAUCUGUAAGUAUAAAGCUUUGCAAAUAAGUAUAUACCAAUGAAAGUCAUGAUUUUACUCCUAAAUACUGCCAGCCGACUUUGGCAUCCACACUGUGGUGUAUGCUAUAGUUGUUAUCCGUGAUAAACAAUUAGUGCUCAGUGGUAAACCAUUCAGCUACGAGAGUCUAGCAGGGUCAAAGGCAACAUGUAAUAGUUGUAAUAAAAAGUGAUCUGUAGUAUGAAACGCAAAACAGAACAGUUCAGGAAAUUCCACUGUGUGGAGCUGAUGUGUCAGGGAGGCAGCUGAAGCAGCUGAGCUUCUAUCCAGACAGCUAGCGUACACACACAGACAGGUGAGACUUAAUCAGAUUAUAACCAGUGAUUCGAGAUUUUACUGAGGAUUAUCUCAAAUGUUGGUUUGUUGAAAAUGUUCUCAAUAUAUUUUGAUAUAAAGUAUAUCGUACAGUGA